ACAUGCGCAUACGCUUUCGUCAACUAAGCUGACCAAGUAACCGAAUAAAGGCUGUAACCAUAAUAGGACAUGGACGCCGCCUCGCCUCACGGGAUGCAGCGAUGAUGCACAAGAGUCACGGAUUUCUGUACGUAAAAACGGAGGGGCGGGGCCACGUCACGGCAUCCCAGCAUUCCAGUUGUUCAUAGGUUGAUGGAGUAGACGAAAAUAAAUAAUAAAAACAUUUGCGGUUACGUGCAGUUCUCCUCGCAGCCCCAUGAGAGACGAGUUCCAAAGAGAAAAGGAGGGAGGCACUGCUGCAGCUCACCGAAGGUUAUCUUCGUCCGGCCCAGUAGUCACGAGAGCUGACAGCGCCUACGGGCGGGUCCUGCGAAGCUUUUAACCACCACCUGAAGAUCUCCUCUCUGCAGCCUUCUUUUAGAGUAAAAAUUUGCCCAGUGAUCAUCCAGCUACAAUUCAGAAGAUGGAAGGGAAGGAAAAGCAGGUCACAGGUUAUCUCCUGUUCUCUCUUGGCACCGCUGUCAUCGGCUCUCUUCAGUUUGGUUACAACACAGGAGUCAUCAAUGCUCCAGAGCAGAAACUACUAUCCUUCUUUAACGAUACCUGGGUCGAGCGUUAUGGCGAGCCAAUCAGCCCGGGGGUCUGUACCAUGGUUUGGAGUGUUGCUGUCUCCAUCUUCAGUGUGGGUGGCAUGGUGGGAUCCUUCAGCGUGGGCGUCAUGGCCAACCGAUUUGGCAGGCGUCGCUCCAUGUUCCUGGUGAACUGUCUGGCGGUGAUCGGUGGCCUCCUCAUGGGCUUCUCCACCAUCUGCUCCUCCUAUGAGAUGGUGAUCGCCGGUCGCCUGGUCAUUGGCCUGUUCUGCGGCCUCUUUACCGGCCUGACUCCCAUGUAUGUGGGAGAGGUGUCGCCCACUCCCCUCCGAGGAGCCUUCGGGACUCUUCACCAGCUUGGUGUGGUAGUGGGCAUCCUGAUUGCUCAGGUCUUUGGACUGGAGGCUCUGCUGGGCUCAGCCAAGCUGUGGCCCCUGCUGCUGUCCCUCACUGUGAUCCCUGCUGUGGUGCAGUGCAUCCUGCUGCCCUUCUGUCCCGAGAGCCCUCGCUUCCUGCUCAUCAACCUAAAACAGGAGGAGCAGGCACGCAAAGCUCUGGUGCGUCUGCGUGGCACUGAGGAUGUGAGUGAAGAGCUGCAGGAGAUGAAGGAGGAGAGCGCUAAGAUGGCCAUAGAGAAAAAGGUCACCAUCCUAGAGCUUUUCCGUUCACAGGCAUAUCGACAGCCCCUCCUCAUCGCCAUCAUGCUGCAGCUCUCCCAGCAGCUGUCAGGGAUCAACGCUGUGUUCUACUACUCGACAGGCAUCUUUAAGUCAGCUGGUGUGAAACGGCCCAUCUACGCCACCAUCGGAGCGGGCAUCGUCAACACCAUCUUCACUGUUGUUUCUCUCUUCCUGGUGGAGAAGGCCGGUCGAAGGACUCUGCACCUCCUGGGAUUGGGUGGGAUGGCGAUCAGCGCUGUGCUCAUGACCAUCUCCCUCCUGCUGAAAGAUUUUCCUGCUAUGAGCUACAUGGCCAUCAUCGCCGUCAUGCUAUUUGUGGCUAUGUUUGAGUUGGGCCCCGGUCCAAUCCCAUGGUUCAUUGUGGCUGAGCUGUUCUCCCAGGGGCCCCGCCCGGCCGCCAUGGCUGUGGCCGGCUGCUGUAAUUGGACGGCCAACUUCCUGGUUGGAAUGAGCUUCCCUAAACUAGUGGAGUUGUGCGGGCCUUGGGUCUUCCUCAUCUUCACAGGCUUCCUCCUCCUCUUUUUCGUCUUCACCUACCUUAAAGUCCCAGAGACGAGGGGCAAGACCUUCGACGAGAUCGCCCGCAGCUUUGGCAGUCCGCUUGCGAACCCCACGUCAGAUGACGACCCUCCUGCCAGCGCCAGCACCGCCACCACUCUCCCCGCGUCACCGGUGAAGGAGAAGGUCCCGCUGGUGGAGGCGCCAGCAGCAGCUCCGCCUCCCGCAGCUGAAAACAUGCCUCUUGACGAUAAAACAAAAUCGACAGUGCAGGAGAGUGUGUAGAGCAGCUGUAGAUGAGUCAAGAGGGUUAUAAAUGAAGGAAGAAUCACAGAGAUUUUAAAAAGCUGUAAUUUGUAGUUAAUUAUCAAACCUUGGAACAAUAGUAACUAUAACAUUUUAGAAUAGACUUACAGAGAAAGACAGCAUUAUCAACGUAUAGGCUUUGACCUUUCUAAGGUCAUGCUUUCUGCUUAGACUUCUUAUUCUUCUGUGACAUUUCCUAGACUUCCUUCUUUUAAAUCCUCCCUUCCUUAACUGUAAAAGGGAAGCAGUCACUGUACAAUACUAUAGAUUAAAUCUACUAUACAUUCCUAGAAAUUAUUCAUUAAAGUGUGAGUCUUUUUCAAUACAGCUGUGUGUCUAGUCAGGAUGACACGUUUCCGACACUGCAAACGCAGGCUGUGUUAAUGGAAGUUGUUACUAAAAGGUGUCCGUUAAAGGUCCAGGUAAAAUGUCCAUCACUGCAGACUAGAGGCAGAGUGUGUUGACGGCACAGCCUUUGUGCAGGUGUUUCCAUUCCCUGCUGAGUUCAGGUCCAUGGUGUGAGUGAGGUGGAUUGUGAUGAUGCACUUUCUUUUUUUUCUUUUAUUCAUGUAUUCCUGUUUUUAAAGUUUGGACAGGUGGACAUUUUUAGUUCAUCAUAACUUUGUAGUUUCAUCUAGUAAUAUUUAAUUGUGUUGACGUUUUAGGAAGUGUUCUCCAGUGACACGUCUAAGAAGAGCUUUUUAGCAAUGCCAAAGUACUGAACUUUAUUUGCCAUCUGGUGAACACAGGUAACCUCAAAUGUGUUUAUUCUUGUUGGAAAUUAGCAGCUGCCACAGGUCUCAAGUGUAUUAAUUCUGAAAGCCAAAUUGGUGUUUAAAGCUGUAAUCCAGUUUAUUUAACUUUAUUCAGAGCAGCGCCGCCGUUGCUUUUGUUUUCUGGUCGUUUUGGGAUUUUUCGAGUAAUGGUGCUACAAUUAAUUCCAAACAAACAAAAUUCACUGUUUGCCAGAGAAAAAAACUUUCAUGAAUUGAUUUAAUUUCAAUUCUGAUUGACAAGGCAAAUAUAUAGAGGAAUUCCUUUGUUGUUAAAUCUUGUGGAUUAUUGCUUUUCUGUAUUGCAAAAUUAUUGUAAAUUGGUAAAAUCAGGACUGUACUUGACUGAAUUAUAAGGCUUGCUAAUUACUGUGACCAGUGGAUAAAACAUGUUGGCUGAAUUGUUUUACACAUGUAGAUUACAGUAGUAGGGUAACGUGCAAUGUAUAGUUUAUUUUGUCGCCAAAAAAAUAAGAUUAACUACCUUAGAAAUUGAUUUUUGUAUAAAGUAUAUAAUUAUAAUACACAAAAGCAAAUUUAGAAUCGUAAUGCUUUCCAGGCUAGCGUCGAGUAAUGAAAGUUGAAUGUCAGUAAUGAGCUUUACCUGCUGUGGUGGAGUAAACCUACAUCACAUGAAGAGCAACACUGUCUCUCUCUUUAGAUGCACUUUGUUCACCUGAGAAGCAGCAAAGCGACCGUUAGAGCCACAAUCGCUAAUGUAGACAGCAUUGAGCACAGCAGCGCUUUGUGUCAAAUUAACAGAAUAAUAAUUCAAAACUAUAUUUACCGCGACUGAGCGACUGCGUAUAUGUGGCCAAGCUGUUAUUAGAAUAGAUAGAAGUCAUAUAAAAUGUGCAAUCAAUAAAUAAACUGCCGCCCAAACAAUGUAGGAGCUGAUCAUGAGAAGAGGAAACUAAAGGGGAAGUGCUAAUACUGUAUGAGCAACGGGUAAACAAUAUGUUAGUGGAAGACCCAUUCGAAUGGUUUCUGUAUAAUUAGAAUAACUAAUUUGGUGGAUUCUUAUGUUUUUUUCUUAAUUAUUUAAAUUUUUCACGAACAGAGAAAUGAUAAUGGGAGAUCAUUAUUUCUGUGUAAAUCAAAACAAGUGUCAUUCCAGUUGAGAUAUCCACCAUUAGUUAUGCUAGUUUCAUAUGUUUGGGAGUUAAUGUGUUUAACGCACCCUGAAUUUAACAGAUGGAAGUUUUAGUUUUCCAAAUAAUAUUCAAAAGCUCAGUUGCUUUGGCAAGAAUGAUUACUUUUCUAAGCAAUUUAAAAGGCAAAAGCUAUACAUCAAACCUAUACAGAUUUGUAUUAUUGAUGUCUCUUAACUUUUUCUGUUGGCUGUGUUAGCUAUUUUGUAGCUCCAAACGCUACAAUCACUCAUUUCUGUGUCUAUAAGAGUAUUCAGAGAGCAGAAGGUACAGGAAAAGUCAUCUUGAAUACCCUUCUGGUCUUUAACUCAAAACAUGUGAAAACUAAAACUACAAUCUGGGUUCAAGUCAAAAUGAUUAAAUUCAUUUUUCUUGUAAAUGGAAAUAGCAUUCUGGUGUAAAACUCUCAGAUGUGCUAACUUAUUCCAUGCGUUUCAUAAUGACAUGACUUGUUGUGAUCCGAUGGAGAAAGUCUUCACACUUUGUAUAACAUUUAAAGCCCAAACGCACUGAAUGGGACUUUUGACACGUCAUUAUAGUGAGUAACGAGUAAUGAUGUAUCACUACAUGGAAAUACUUAUUAAGAUAAUGACAAAAUCAAUAAUAAUUCCUCCAAAUAUCGCAAAAACAUCCUUGUUUGUUGCAAGCAUUUAAAAUCUGACACUUCUGGUGUGUUUCUGGCUUUAUCUCUCGAGUCCACUCGUCCUCUACGUUGUGACUCUUUGUCUGAAAAGUUAGUGUAGCACUGUCAACCUUUACAUAAUUAUGCAUUGCCAACAUUGUGCAUCAUGUUUGGUGUAUAAGUGUAAGACACAAAGUAUAUUUUCUAUAUUCUGUAGUGUAGUAAUUCCUGCUGCACUUUGAAAACAUAUUUAUUUAUGUAUGUAUUUAGUUUUUUGGCUACACUGGGAAGAUAUUUAUCUUGACAAGUAUUUUAAGUGUAAUAUUGGAUUGGAGUGAUCUGCCUUGUUUUACAAUACUGACUGAUGAGCUGAAAACAUGAAAACAUGUCACUCUUGUUUUGAGAAAUAUAAGCCUGUAAGACUCGAGUGAUGCGAUGUGAAAGGGCUUGUUAAGAUGAAUAUUUCCUACAGUGAGGGGAUGUAUUAUGGUCGGAGUCAUGGCUUCGUUGUGUAUCGAUGUAUUUGUGGAUGAUAGUGAUGUGCUGUGUUUGCACUGGGGGAUGUGCGUGGUCCACACUCCUCUUAUGGUAGUGUUCAGUGUUGUAUUCAACCUCUCCUGCAAGGUCCCGCCUCUGUCUGUGGCUAUAACCUACACUGCUCCCGCACUAGGGCACUAACACUGAACUUAAAAUGCUUUCUGUUACUCAGCUUGCCCCAUGUCGGGUUUGAGUCUUGAUACCGCAAUUUGAAAUACCUCUGAGAUUCCUCCUAUCCUUUUUCUCUGAGAGGAAAAGAAGGUGUCUCAGAGAUAAAAGAGAAGAAACAUAGUAGGAAUUGUGUUUAAUGUGACAAGUAAAAGUAAUGCUCAGGAGCUGAAGUCUAAUGAAGUCUGAAGCAGAGUAUGUGAAAGGAUUUUAAACAGAUGCUUGGACCCAGGUGCACACUGCUCCUAACCAUAGCCACCAAACCCUCCACUCAAUGUACAAAGAUAGGAGAGUAUAAGUAUUCAUCUGUAAAUAUGUAUUUUUUAAAAGAGUACUAUUUAUAUGUUGACCUGCUAGGUCAUAUGUGUGUUCAGAUGAUUUUUCCUGUGGGGUGCACAUGUUUAUUUUGUAGAAGAGUCUUUCUCAUCCCUCAAUCACAGCCAUGUUCUUUUAUCUGUGUGCCUCAUCAGAUCACACUCAGAGCUGUUGAUAGUAUUAUGUCAGGUUUUUUGCCGCCAUAUUGACAUCCAUUGACAUUGACAUUUUGAUGUUCCUCAAAAAGAAAAAAGCAUGGCUACAUAGACAUUGUCAUGGCAACUGCUGCCAACAUUGUCAAGAGCCAAGGAGUAGAUUACAAACUUAUAUAAGUAUAUUUUACAGGUCCCUCCCUUUUUAGAAAAAACAACAUGAAUAUGGCUGUUGAAUAAAAAUGCAAAAAUAUCUAAACUACUGCAUAAUACGAAUAUUAAUAAUAAGAAUAAUAAGAAUAAAUAACUCGGCUCUGAAGUCUCACAGGCUUGAAUCUAACUCACAUCAACAUGCUUUGGCUGCUGUGAUCUUUGUUUUUCUAUAUAGUUAGUUUGGUCCUGAUCUGUGUAAAUAAAUGUACUGACUGUACCGUAUGUCCGGGUAUCUAUCAUGUACUGUAAGUCUGCUAUUUGUGCCUCUCUGCAGCUCACGCAUUCACAGACUGUUAUUCAAUGUGUGCGACUGGAGGGAUUUUAGACACACACAACCAUUGUCUGUAUGCUUUGCUUUUCCAGUGGCAGCCGCUGACUAAGAUAAGACUCUGUUAAUUGAUACUUACAUAUAGGAUGUACUUACAUGAUUUAAAUGACUCUGUUAAUGAGUUUUGGAUGAUUAACUACAGCUUUGGUUUCUGUAAUGUGAUGGAAAUGAGCUGAACAGAUAACAUUGUAGCUUCAGUGUGAAUAUUCAGACUUUUCAACAUUUCUCUGUGCCACACCAGUGAUGAACCCCAACUGUUUUUGUUUCACUUGUGUUUGUAUUUUACAUACAAGAUAUAAUGUUGUUAAAUAAAAUAUCCAUCAUGUAAUGAGACAUGGUGUGAAUGUGUA